AUGCCAACCCGAAGGAGCCGAUCAGCAGCGGCAUCCAAGGGUAUCGACUGCCAGCUAGGCGUCGUGCAAAAUAAACCAAGACCGACCAACCAGCGUAUUGCGGAACUAGAGCGGGAAAAUCAAGUCCUUCGCCAGAGAUGCUCCCAACUUCCGACCAACAAUGCCGCUCCUGCUGGUAGAGCUCAACUACAGCCGGACAAUGUUAUUGCGUCGGCAAGCACUCCAGCAACUCCUUUGCCACUUUCGAGAUCAGGAGGAGGAAUUGGGCUCUCGCGAAAUGACGCUUCUUCCAAUUCAAUUAGAGAUGCUUCGCAUCCCGAAGUACCAGAAAACGACCGCAGAAACACGUCGUUGUACCAUGGUCCAACUAGUACGAGGGAACACGACACCUUCUCUUUUCACAGACAGCAAGACAAAGCAAGUCGGAUCUCAUGCAGACAACUGGAACCCCUUAAUCUUGCUGCCGGAAAACUUGACUUUGAUGGCAAUGAUCCUGAGAUUAGCAUGCACCUGCUUUCGAUAUACUGGAGUCGGCAGCUUUACACAGCACAGAUCAUUUAUCGACCGGCUUUCAUGCGAGACAUGGCCUGUGAGGGGCCAUAUUUUUCCAAACUAUUAUUGAACGCGAUCUUCUUCGUAGUUUCGAAGCAUUGUGAUCGGCCAGAGCUCCGUUCCAACCCAAGCGACAUUACCACUGCAGGAUGGAGGUUCCGUCAACGCUUUACUCAGCUUUUACGAGAUUGCUUUGACAAAAGCGAAAUCACUACCCUUCAAGCUUUGUUGAUAAUGUCCAAUGCUCUUUUCUCAAGAUGUGACGAACGCAGUUUAUCAUGGCUCCACGCUGGAAAUGCAUUCAAUAUGUUCAUUGAUCUUGGUUUGCAUGUGCUUCCUGCUGUGGAUAGCAUCCCUGCCGAGGAACUUGAAAUUCGGAAGCGAGUACUCUGGGGAGCAUACUUGAUUGAUAAAAUCCAGUGUCUAUUUCAAGGAAGACCACCGCUUCUCAAUCGUGUCAACAUGAGAGCUUCACUCGACUUUCUCGAUGACUAUGACGAGCUCGAGCCUUUUCAGCACAUCACAUACAUGAGACACAAACCUCAAGCGGUGGUUCCGUCGUUGAAUUUGUCUUUGCUCACCAAGUUAUGUGAACUGACGACAAUUGUGGAACGUAUUCUCCGCGAGAUAUAUUCGGAAUCGCGAGAAUCGAACCAUAUUCACAGAGCGAAUAUAUUAGAGGAAAUAAAGUCACAGCUAAAAGGAUGGCGGGAAAGUUUACCACUUCAACUUGACUAUCUAUCAUUCCCAGACCAAGCGGUUCUCCUACCUCAGUCCGCGUGCCUCUUAGCCCUAUUCAACGUGCUUAUAAUUCUCGUGCACCGUCCUCUAAUAAUUGGCCCCGAUGGAGUCAUCAAUUCAACAACCGCCCAUGAGUCAGUGAAUGCAUGUACAACAGCCGCAAACCAGAUCGUCCAGAUUCUCCGCGAUUAUUCUCAGCAUUUCACUCUGAGCAGUGCACCCUACAUGCUCUCCUAUGCCACAUAUAUCAGUGCAACGAUCCACGCACGGAUUGUGGCACAGAAGGGAAGCAACACGUCGGUGUUUCAAUCGUUGAUCCUUUGUCGCAACAUUCUCGUUGAACACACACGGCUCUAUUCUGCCGCAGAAAAAGCCAAGGAAAACCUGGACAAGUUGAUAUUGCACUUAGGGAUCAGUGGCCCGGAUGAUCCUCAGCGCGUUGGAAACUCUAUGGCCUUUCCCGGAGAAAAUGUGAUCAUGGAGGAGUCGACUAAUCCGGCCAAAGAAACAGGGGCUGUAGACCGUGUAGUUGAGUUUGGAUCUCCUAUGUUGAACUUAGAACUGUCGGACUUGGAUCUCGAGGCAAUUGCUCAAGGCUUCCAGGUCGAUGUAGAGUCACAUUCGUUCUGGCAUUCUUUAGGAGAUUCGCUGGUGGUCACCCACCCAACUACUAACUCACCGGCGUGUGGCUUGAGUACGGCUGAGCGGACGGGAAGCCCUAUUUUCCACACCCUAUGGUCGUAUGUACUAGAUGUUACACUAGCUGAGAUCAUAUUUGAGGAUUCGCUGGUGGUCACCCACCCAACUACUAACUCACCGGCGUGUGGCUUAAGUACGGCUGAGCGGACGGGAAGCCCUGUUUUCCACACCCUAUGGUCGUAUGUACUAUCUUUAUCAUGA